UACUAUCGAUACUGCUAUCGCGUAUCAAACAAUUCCAAAUUAAAAUAAAUAAAUAAAUAAUUAUGGACUCUACGACUACAGAUCACCACAAGCAGAUGAAAUACUGCACUACCCGACUGCCAUAUCGUCAAGGACGGGAGUUGAAAGCCGUAAAAGUCUAUACGGUUGCAAGCGAAUCGCGGCACUUGCUGGUCUUUGGAGUGCCCAGAAUAAACCUCCAGGGAAACCUAAAGGCCAAGCUACAGUGUUUUGGAAAACUGCAGUCUUGUGCGUGUAUUACUUCGGAGAUGGCUACAAAGAUGGAACUGGAGGCUUUCACAGAUGUCUUUGCCGUACAGUUUGAGCGCCUCGAGGUAGCACGACGAGCCAAGCGGCAGCUGGAUGCCAAACAGUUUUACGGUGGAACCCUGCACAUCUCAUAUGCGCCUGAAAGAGAGACGCAGCAAGAGCUGCGGGAAAAACUGCUGAAACGAAGCCAGGAGGUGGCGAUUCGGACAAGACGUAAUCACACAGACCAUAAGGAUAAAGGAUAACAUUUAUUACUUUCAACACAUUGUAAUGAGCCCCUGGGGGGCUAAACGAUAUCCCAAACCAUGAACAGUAAUGCAUUUGUUUUUGUUUGUAAC